UCUUCCUGUUUGCGUUUUUCUAAUGCUACUAAGCACUUUUGAUUUCGCUAUAUUAAUGGCGAUUCCUUUCAUUUUCAUGUGUUCUAUUGUAUUUCAUUUCCAAUUACCCUCUAAAACUCAACAACAAACUAUUCCCUUAUGGCUUCUGAUGCUGUUCAUGACAUCAAUUCCCUAUUUUCCUCCGACGGAAGAGACUUUCUCAUACGCAAUAAUGGCGAUCAGGUGAAAAUCAGUUCCUUAAUUGGGAAGAUUGUGGGAUUGUAUUUCUCCGCGUCUUGGUGUCCUCCUUGUCACCGUUUCACUCCAAUAUUUGCUGGGGUUUAUGAGGAAUUAGUUUCUAAGGGUGAUUUUGAAGUUGUCUUUGUUUCUAGUGACAACGAUGAAGAGUCUUUCAAGGACUACUUCUCUAAAAUGCCAUGGUUGUCAAUUCCAUUCUCUGAUUCAGAGACCAAUCAACGUUUGAAUGAACUUUUCAAAGUCAGGGGAAUUCCUCAUCUUGUUGUUCUCGACGCCAACGGGAAGGUUUUAACUAACGAUGGAGUGAGACUUGUCAGUGAAUAUGGGGUUAAUGCCUAUCCCUUUACUUCUGAGCAGAUCAAACUUUUGAAGGAGAAAGAGGAGGAAGCGAAAAGAAACCAAACCAUCAGUUCCAUUUUGGUUUCGAACUCGCGUAAUUAUGUGAUUUCAAAUGAUGGAACUCAGAUUCCUGUUUCUGAGCUAGAAGGGAAAGUGAUAGGAUUGUACUUCUCAGUGUAUGGUCAUGAACCAUGUGAUGAUUUUACUUCUAUUUUGGUUGAUGCUUACAAGAAACUCAAAGAGAAGGGAAACAAUUUUGAGAUUGUGUUGAUCUCUUUAGAUGAUGAGGCUGAUGACUUCAAUGAAGCAUUGAAAGCAAUGCCAUGUUUGGCAUUGCCAUUUCAGGAUGAAAAAUGUAAAAAACUCAUUCGAUAUUUUGAGCUUAGUGAUAUUCCCACCCUUAUCAUAAUUGGACAGGACGGGAAGACUUUGCACCCGAAUGCAGUUGAACUCAUUGAAGAGCAUGGUUCUGAUGCAUACCCUUUCACUCCUGAAAAAAUUGAAAAGCUUGUUGAGAUUCAGAAGGCAAAACUUGAGUCACAGACUCUGGAGUCUCUUUUAGUUUCUGGGAAUCAGGAUUAUGUUAUUGGAAAAAACGGUAAAAAGAUCCCGGUAUCUGAGCUUGUUGGGAAGAACAUUCUGCUUUAUUUCUCAGCUCACUGGUGCCCCCCGUGUCGUGCAUUCUUGCCUAAGCUUAUAGAGGCAUACAAUGAAAUUAAACAAAAGGACAAAGAGUUUGAAGUCAUUUUCAUUUCAAGUGAUAGUGACCAAGAUUCCUUUGAGGAAUUCUUUUCAGGGAUGCCUUGGUUAGCCCUGCCAUUUGGUGAUGAAAGGAAGAAGUUCCUAAAUCGAAGAUUCAAAAUUGAAGGCAUUCCUACACUUGUAGCCCUUAACCGAAGUGGUCGUACUGUUUCAACAGAUGCUCGUAAGCUUAUAACAUCUCACGGAGCAGAUGCCUAUCCAUUCACGGAGGAACGUCUGAAGCAAUUGGAGGAACAGUUGGAAGAAGAAGCAAAGGGGUGGCCUGAGAAACUAAAGCAUGAACUACAUGAAGAACAUGAACUUGUUCGAACACAUCAAGCUGAAUAUUCUUGCGAUGCUUGCGAUGAGAUGGGAUAUGGUUGGUCGUUUUACUGUGAGGAAUGUGACUUUAGUUUGCACCCAAACUGUGCUAUGAAGAACGACGGCGAAGCUGAGGAGCAGAAAGAAGGGUGGAUUUGCGAGGGAGACGUGUGCCGUAGAGUCUAAGGAAACAUAUGAAUAUAUAUGAAAGGCUAUGAGGGUUACAAGCAAUUCAAGGGUAGAGUUUGGUGUUGAUAUUGUUUUGGAUCUAAAAAGAGCGAAAACAAAGUCAAGAGGCAUCAACCGGGACAAUGAGUGAAGAAAAUAGGCUUCAUUGACCUAUGUCUUGCAGUGUCGCAAUGCUGUAAGGCUAUAGCCUUGGAUUUUGAAAAAAGCAUAUGGCGCCGCAACACGAUAACAAUUUUAUUAAAGAUAUUUUCCAUCGCUAGGUUGAGGAGAUAUUUGAUUCCAACUUACUUUGGCCAGUUUUCUCCCAAUUUUCCGAGCUUUUCUUGUUUGUUUAUAUCUCUUGAACUCUUUCUCAUCAUUCAACGUGUGGAUGAGAGGCCAGUUACUUGUUUCUAGUUUGGGUUUUUAGGAUUUCUUCCCUAUUUCAUUGUAGCUGUGAGAAUUGAAUUUAACUAUUUUGUAUUAUUUAGGUUCUAUUAAAUGAAUCUUCAUUAUAUAUAUUUUUUUUGUCUAA